GAAAAAAGGUGUUAUGGUCUUUUCGCCACAUGUUGGUCUUGAUUUUGUAGCAAAUAUGGCGGGGAAUCGAAUACAUUUAAAACUAGAUCAAAGUGCUGCAGCUUCUAUUGAUCAGUAUCUGGAAUAUCGAAGGUUUGUGGUUGGUAUUUAUUGAUAUUUAUUGAUUGUAUGGUUCAGUGUUGCUCUAUCCAGUGUCUCACUUUAUUAGGGUCUAAACUCUGUAAUUUUAUGAGAGUCUUAACAUCAGAAAGCUCAGAAAAAUUUCCGAGCUCCAGAUGAGAUUCGAAUUUACGAUCCUCGGAAUUAUAGAUCGGAGGUCUAACCGCUGAACUUCUGGGAGACUCAUGGCCAGUAAGAAGGAAAGGCUUUUGUGGACUGUCGUAUACGUACAGAGUUGGGCAAUGCAGUACUCAACAAUACUGAAUUGAGAAAAAUUAUACAGAUCUCGAAGGGUGUUAUCUUCCUGUGGCCGAUAACGUCCUCCUUAAUCUGCAUGCUUGUCAUUCUUUAGACCAUACUUAUCCUCGUUUAACGAUUGUCAAAAAUUCAUGAGUUUCGGUUUUUCUUCUUAUAGGAUUGUUGGCGAUGAUGAUGGUGGUAAGUUAUUCACUCCUGAAGAGUAUGAAGAAUACAAGAAAAAGGUUCUACCCAUGAGAAAGAAAAAUCGACUUUUUGUAAGUUGGACAGCACCCAGUGGUAUGGACUGCAAGAUGAUUGGACCAGAGACAAUGUGUUUCUGUAAUCACAGGUUAAAAGUUAAAAAGUCUUUUUUGGGGGGGGGGGCUAUAAAAAGUUCAGAAGUAUUUGAAUAAGCUUUAAUUUAUUUAUACAUACAGUGUAUAGGUAGUCUUUAAAAAGUUUAAACUUGGGGUCGGGUAAUUUAUUAAAGGAGAAAUCCAUCUGCUUAACUUAUAUCGAGGCUGUGCUCUUGCAGUGCCCAACAGCCCCAGGUGCCUAAAUCUUACUCCUGGGCAGUGACCACUAAAUCUUAGCGUUUUCAUAGAAAUGCUAUACUGGGCACCCUGUAUUUCAAAGGCUCAGAGCAUUGGGUCCCUUUCAAUUUUUCCUAGAUUACAGCCUUGUACAUGUAUCUGAUUGAUGUUCUUUAUAUACCCAACUCUUAGGUACAAACAACAUAAGACAGAUUAUGAGACACUGCCACAAACCCGACCUGUCCCAGUACCGUGUAGAGCAAGUGGCUGCAAAUGCAAGAGUUACUAUUAUGUGCCUAAGAAUGGCACACAGCCAAUCAGAUGUCAGUGUAAACACUUUGCAGAUGAGCAUUUAGAAGUGGUACCUUACAAGUGCACUAAGGGUUGCGCAUGUAAGGCGUUUAGAAGUUCCUACACUUGUGGCUGUGGAGAACCAACGUAUGCUCACAAGGUACAUGUGCUCAAGGGUUGGUGGGAGGAUGGGUGAUAGCUUAAUACAAUGCAGGGCUAUCAUUAGGCUGAUUUAGUAACAGGACAGGAACGUCAGUUGACAAUGGUGCACGCAAAUCAAACAACUGGCUUGACCAAUGGCAGAGCGGCAAAUUAGGCACCAGAAGUGGUGUUUAGUCCUUUCCGCGCGUUUUCCCAUCGCCAACUGAUGUUCCCGCCCUUUUGCUAAAUCAGCCUAUUGAGGGCCAGGGACCUUGGGCUUGGGGACUUACCCCAGCUACUGAUACCAGCCACUUUCGUAGAAAGAUUAAUAUGGAGUCCUUGGAGCGUAACGGUGCCUAUAUCUCCCCACCAAUUACUGUAGCACUGACAGGAUGAUUUUUAGUACAUUUUUGUAAGGGGACAUUUUUCAUCGUGGUCUUUUUGGAUAUAUGAAGCUGGCCCAUAAUUUCAAAAAUGUAAGUUUUGUGAUGUCAUCCUUUUCUUCUCUCUUCACUCAUGUCCUUAGUUAUUAUCAAUGUAUUAGCCUGGUCCUGUUAACACCGUCCUCACAGUCUGAACGCCUGGAUAGGCUAUCAAGUUAUAAAAUUGACAUAUAAUUAUAUACAAUUUUUCUCUUUGUCAUUUAUGAGGUUGCUUUCUUACAAUUGUAAAUCGUUUUUCCCAAAGACAGUUGUAGAGACAAAAGAGGAACGCUUGGCCCGUGGACACCCAGUAGGUCAAGAUGUUCCCUAUGCAGCUAUGGGUGGGAUAACAGGAUUCAGCUCACUGAUGGAUGGCUACAUGCGCUUGGAUGACAGUGGCAUUGGUCCUCCACCAAUGCACAUGUUAGAGCAACCCAUUGGUAUGUGCAUGGUGUUUCACGCAAUGAUAGGUUCACCAUUAUGAUAAUGUAAUCAGUAACUAUUAAGACAAAAUCCAUAUGGAAAUUGAGUAAUUUUAAUUUUCAGUGGACAAAUACUUUGUACCAGAAUAAUGUUUCAAGCAUGUUGCAUUCUUUUUUACACUUUUCAAGGACUAUAAAUGUAAUAAGUUGUAUGAAAUAACUCAGAAGAAAAGGUUCUUAUUGGAGCCCGAAAUUUCAAAAGCCUCAAAUUUCACAAAAUGAAAUCUUACGCAUGACAAUUAUUUUUACCUGUCCUGUACUUUUUUAAUUCCUGUGAAAUGUGACAUUUAUUUUCUUGGACUCCAGUAAGAAAUUAUCUUUAAAGGUACAAGGUUUUUCUCCGCUGAAAAUUAAAAUUACUCAAUUUCCUAAUGGAUUCUGUCUUAAGGUCUCCUCAUUUUCAUACUACUGUAGCUUUAAUUUGUGACUAACUCUGUUAAUCAUUUUGCCUAGGACCUGAUGAUCAUCCAUUUCUGAGAGCCCAUGCAGGUGUUGCAGCAAUGUCUUUAGAGGAUGGGAUGGGUGGCACAGCUGGGCAACUGGCACGUAGAACCACAGAAGAAGAAGACAUGGCUUAUUUCGAAAGGCGUUACCAAGCAAGGGUCAGUGUUAUAAUGUGAUUUUCGUGGACCUGUGCCCACUGUUUAAACUAAUAUUUGCUUCCUGGAUGGUUUAAUGGUAAUUCCCCACCCCCUCCUUCUCUGCCUGACUUUUUUCUUUAACCAUGAGGAUUGUUGGUUUCACAGCUUAAGGCAGAAAAAGAGCAAGCCAGACUUCAAAAAUCAGCUCAAGCAAAGAGGCUCCCAGAGGCAACCACUGGACGACAGAGCACAGGAAGUCCUUCACGGAGGACUGGGCCAAGUAAAGCAUCCUCAGCAACCAAGCCUGCUGGUUUGCCGAGGAGCACUGGUACCCAUACUGCAAGACAGAAGAGGUGA